GUCUCAAUAGACGAUCUUCGGCCAUGAUGUUUCACUCGGACUUUUCAGCUAACCACUGCAAUGUGAGAAACUCCAACGAGCAGUAGCCCAUCGCCACACCAAUGGGACAACGUGUUAGGAACACCGCAGGGGACGAAGUAGUUUCAGUGGUGAAUGCUGUUGGUUUAGGUCCUCCUGUGACUCAACUGAGGAAGAUAUGAGGACACCAGUUUCUCCUCCAGGACCUGAUAUCUUAGCGUGAGCCAAGUAUGCGGUCUCAGGCAGCCUGAGGGGUACAUUUUAUCCCCAGAGUUGUUGAGAAGAAGGAAGAGUAACUACGUCUUAGUCUGCAUCAACUAAUGUCCUCAGGACUCCUUGGCUCUGCCUCGGUCUUAUAUUAAACUCUGAGGGUCACUCUUAGUUAGAGUGUGGACCACUUCCUCAGGGGAAAAAAGCCUUAUGUGCCUGCCUUUCCUGAGCUUCAUGUGAGCAUCAGGUGCAUCGCUACCGAGAGCUAACAGCGUCCCGCUGACGUGCAGCUAGGUCCAAUCGUUGCUGUCCCUGCAUCCGUGGCGGCAGUUAUGUUCACUGUUGUACGGGAUUUAUCAAGAACUUGUAGUCAAUCUACAUUUCCAACUCCAUUCAGCUGGAGCUGACAUCUCAACAGUCAUUCCUACUGAAGAACCACCCAUUGAGAGGGGAGCCACAAGGAGGGUCGGGGUCUUUUAGGGAAGAGAACCCUCCUCCACCUCAGGCUUUAGUAUUAUCUCCACUGUUAAUUCCAGUGUCCAUCCAGAACCUCUGCCCCUGAACUCAGUCCUCUAUACAGAACUCCAUCUUCACUGGGCGGUGCCAUGCCCACCAACCAAUCCUCCCCCUGGGGUGGGGGGAAUCUUCGGACUUGCUCCAACGCUGAUAGGCCCACCACUGCAAGUACACACGCCAAAACAGUUGCGGCCACUAAAGUGCCUUUUAGUCAGACUUCCCUCGAGCUAUCCAGGAGAAAGGACCAAGCCAGACCUCGCUCCUGUAGUUCAGCAGUGGCCCCGUCUGUGCUUUCUGUACGGGAGAAUGGGGAUGGAAAUAAAACCAACACCCAGAGCCAGUUCACCGCCGUGCCAGACGGGUCUCCAAAAACGCCACAACAACUUAACGGGAUUCAAAACCCACACCGGGUACUGGCAACAGGACUGAAGCAGACCGGUACCAUGCAGAAAUGUAUGUCGCUUCAAGCCUCUCAACCUGGAAACGGUUUGGCAAUGAGCCGACGUCAGGGCGCCGCAGGUGAUGUGCCGCUGGGGUUGGAGUCUCUCUUGUCAGUUUGUCAUCAGGACCUGUUGAUCAGAGGACAAUGUGGCUUCCUGUCCUGCAGGAGCCUUGGUGGGCUCUGUGACCACUCAGAUCUCCACAAUCCACCUCACCAGGCAGGGACAGCAAGCCUCCAUGUCCCCUUCAUCUCCAUUCCCUUCCUCUCCCUGGCCGACAGAGGGGUGUCCUGCUGGAGAGACUCAGCUGUCUGGACAGGAGUGUGUUAUGCAGGUGGAUGGAGUUGAGGAGGAGCUGCCUGAUGAGCUGGAAAAUGCCUGUAGUGAUGAUGAUGACUCCGACUGUUCAUCCUCGUCCACAGCAACGGCAUCCAUCACUCUCCUUUCUGGCAUUGAGGAGCCGAUGUCAUUGGGGGCGGAAGAUGACCGAGAGGAGAAACCAGCUUUGGUUCCCAGUUUGUUUCCCCUCAUCCCUCCGACUCUCUACUUCAGCACCGCCAAUGAGAAAGUGGAGCUGCUGCCCGCAGAACAAAGACGACUGUUAAAGUGGAAGAUGAGCGCCGUCACGCCAAAUGUGGUCAAACACACCAUUGCCAGGUCACACUUCAAAGUUACCAAGAAAAGCCAUGACUGGUUGGGCUGCUGGGGACACCACAUGAAGUCUCCUGCCUUCAAGUCCCUCGGAGAGCACCAGAAGUUGAACCACUUCCCGGGAACGUUUCAGAUUGGCAGAAAGGACCGGCUCUGGAGGAAUCUGUCUAAGAUGCAGGUUCGCUUUGGCAAACAAGAGUUCAGCUUUUUCCCCCGCACCUUCGUCCUCCCUCAGGACAUUAAGCUGCUGCGCAAGGCCUGGGAGGACAGUGGCUCCAGGCAGAAAUGGAUCAUCAAACCUCCUGCAUCAGCCAGAGGAAUAGGUAUCCAGGUCAUCCACAGAUGGAGCCAGUUGCCCCGCAAGAGACCGCUGCUGGUCCAGAAGUACCUUCACAAGCCCUACCUCAUCGGCGGUAACAAGUUUGACCUGAGGAUCUACGUCUAUGUGACAUCCUACGACCCGCUCAGAAUUUACAUCUUCUCUGAUGGACUGGUUCGAUUCGCCAGCUGCAAAUAUUCGUCUUCCAUGAAGACUCUGGGUAACAAGUUCAUGCACCUGACCAACUACAGCGUCAACAAGAAAAACUCAGAAUACCAGGAUAACAGCGAUGACAAGGCCUGCCAGGGACACAAAUGGGCUUUGAAGGCCUUGUGGCAGUAUCUUGGUUCCAGGGGAGUCAACACCACUCUGAUCUGGGAGAAGAUUAAAGACAUAGUGAUCAAAACCGUCAUUGCCUCCGAACCGUACGUUAACAGUCUGCUGAAGAUGAACGUUCGGACACCUUACAGCUGCCACGAGCUGUUCGGCUUUGACAUCAUGCUGGACGAGAACCUCAAACCCUGGAUCCUGGAGGUCAACAUAUCGCCAAGCCUCCAUUCCAACACGGCGCUGGAUGUCUCCAUUAAAGGUCAGAUGAUCAGAGACCUCCUGAACCUGGCUGGCUUCCGUAUACCCCAAAGAGAAGAUGUGAUCGCCCCCUGCAGUAGCUCCUCCAGCUCCACCAGCAGUCUGUGUGGGGGCACCAGGGAGAAGACCAAGCCAGAUCUGUCUGCUGAUGAGAAGGUGAAACGAGCCUUUUACCUCACACAGCGCUACGCCGACCAGGACUUCCUGUCCACCGUGCUGGACGUGUUGACUCCAGAGGACGUCCGUGUGCUGGCAGAGAGUGAAGAUGAGCAGAACCGCUGCGGAAAUUUCGAGCGAGUCUUCCCAUCGCCGUCGUCGUCUCGCUACCUCCGCUUCUUCGAGUGUCCGAGGUACCUGAACAUCCUGCUGGACCAGUGGGAGCAGAAGCACUGGAACAACAGGACAAAAGGUAUCAGUCAGCUGACGACUCUGUGUCAGAAAGGAGUCCAUUUGGGAACCAGCGACCCCGCUCACAUGUGGUCCAAGUGUAGCUACAUCUCUAGGUUUGAACCCCACAGACAAGACCUCGUCAGCCCAUCCAGAGCCAGGGUGGUGGUCAGCCAUCGGCGCUGCUCCCAUGCCGACGACAACGACGACGGCUCAGACAGGGAGGUCGCUUCAGUCUCCAGCCUGCCCGUUUCACCAAGUCCUGGAUCCAGUGUCGCCAGCAGUGCCUGUGCAAGCCCUCAGCCCGGCCUCUCCCAGAGUCUGCUGCCCCAACAGUUUGCCUCACUCUGAGACUCAGUUCACUAACAUGAUGUUUAGGACCCAGAACAGACACACAUCUCAGGGUGUUAGCCCAACCUCUCACACCCUUCUACUGAUCUUUCAUGUCUAAAUGAAUGAGUACUGUACUUAGGACAAUAAGCUUGAAGCCCAGUCUUAACAAACACUGUAGAAGGGAGGUUUUGGUCUUUAGCAGAACAGUAACUAGUAUGUACUAACGGGGUUUUUGCAGGAAAUGGAGGAAUUACUUAAAGAUUGGCUAUUUCCGAGUCAGUAUCCUUUCAAGUCUCCUCCAUUACUGCAACACCAGUGAGAAUAUAACACUUAAAGGACCAUACCAGUGUUUUUUUCAUGUUUUGAUAUAUGCCAACUUUAGUUAAAAUGCACUUAGCUUCUGAGCAGCCAGUGCUUUCCAGUCAUUUCUUUGCAGUAAGAAAACUGAGCUGCAGAGACUUGAAACAUGCUCAUACAUAAUCCAUCACAGAGCUUCACUGUCUGCAUCAUUUGUCAAAUUUACAUGAUUAUAUGGCAAUGCAGUGCAGACUCUUUCAAAUCAGUCAGUUGCUUAAGCAUGAAAAAGCUUUGACAACCGUAAAGCAGACAUUCAUUUCGAGACCACUGCUUUGGCACAGUGGGGUACCGUACACCGUAAGGCAGCGCGGCAGGCAAUCCAGUAGCUACACGCCUGGAAGAUACUUAAUAACGAGAACUGUGUUUUUCCAAUGUUUGCCACGCAAUCGUCUUGACAGAGAAUGAAAUGAUUGUAGUUUUAGAAUCUGCUGGGCAGCGUUUGGCUAAAGUUAAGUCUUUAAUUCGGAAAUUCUCAAACUGGAUGGUACCUGUAGUCACUGACGCUGCGCCAUUUUCGGUGAACACCCGCUAGGAACAAGACCCUCAGAUCCCAUCUCCCACACGUCUGUCCUCGCUGGCUGUUGGUACUAAACUAAACUGUGAAUAAGGCCUGCUGGGCUUCCUCACAGCCUACACCGCAAAGCAGCGUUAGCACAGGCUGCUGGGCUGUGUGUUUUUAUGAACUCACAUUAGCAAGAAUAAAGCUGCAAAGCCAACAUUACCUUACACAAUGGGAACUGAUAACAUUUUAUUGAUACCAAUAACAUUAUCUAUUCUGCUUAUUAGUGAUUCUUUAUCCUUUUCUGUGUGUGGAAGAAAAUACGCUUAAACAGGUUUUCAGCGUAAACAAAACAGUUUUAAUGACUGUAGAAACCUGAAGUGAAAGAAGCCUGAGAACUAGCUGUGGAAACAAUCUGUCAUCAUCUAAAAAUGAAUGAAAUGAGAAAAAAAUCAGCUGAGCCUGCCUGCAUGGCGCUAAUGUUAUUGUACCAUCUGAUAUUGACCCUCAGUGACAGACGUGUUGUUUCUGGAGAAGUGGUAGCACUCGUGCGUAGUGUCAAAUACAUGGCAUUCCUGGAAGUUGAGCCCAUUUUUGCGUAGAAAUAUGUUUCAACAUAUUGCUGCUGUUUCCACCCUUACUUGAAAUAAUCAUUUUACAGACAUUACAACGAGCACUGUCAUCUUUCAUUGUGAAACGAAGCCACGCUUCGGACCGUUUCUUCCUCUCCGCCGAGUUUCCAGCAGUGUGGACGCAAGUGUUGGACUUCAUCGUUAAGCAAUGCACAAAUGUCAGAAAACAUGGCGGCAUCUGCUCGAUCUGAGGCAUAUAAAUCCAACGGAUUGGACAAUGCUGAGCCGUUGCUUGAUUCCCGUCCCUGUGAUAAAUAAUGACACAGUACUGUGAUUACUCUCAUGUCUUGAAUCUAAGACUGUUACGGCGUUAAGGGGUUGGGCAACUGAAUGCACAAGUGUUAUGCAAUGGACUCAAAGGCGAAAAACGUAGCCAAAUAAAGGGUGGGAUAGACCAUCACUGGUUGAUGGUGUUACUGGUGGUUUUCACCCAAACUUUGAUUCAGGAUGUUGACUUACAGUAUGUUAGAGAUACUUGAACAUGAAAACUAAUCAGUUUGACUUGCAUGUUAGUAGACAAAAAAAAUGACCAACAAAAUAAAAAAAGGGCUUUGGUUUUUCUGUGUGACUAUUAACAAAUGAUAAUAUAUAGAGAAUUUCUUCAAAGUUGCCAAAUGCAAGUUGAGCACCAGAAUUUAACCCUGCAGUGUACGUUUAUUAACACAAACGUCUUUCCGUUCCUGUUCAAAUACUCCUAGAAAGUAUGACUUAAUCUCAGAGGUUAUAAACUGAGAGCGGGUCUGCUGUUCAGUGUUUGCUGUUUGAGAGGAAACCACUUCAAGAAUUCUUCUGUAUCCUCAGGAAAAAGAAACUUAUCUUAUUUCAAAAAUAUUCAUCUACUGUGAGGAGACUUUCAGUUUAAAAUGUUUGGGUAGGCUUUCUCUUAAAGCCCACAUCCAUUGUACCAAACUGACAGGCUGAGCUGGUGUAGAUGAGCUGAUUCAUAAGGAAUUCCUAUCUCAGUGGACGUUAUUCGAAAAAAAACAUUUCUUUAAUUUCUGCUGAGAUUUUACAAGAAAAAGUGUGGAAGCUAACUUGUUUACCAAUUAGGUUUAUUAUGCAAUUCACUAACAGAUGCCAAACUGCUGUGCAGUGUCUGUAUGUAGCAGACAUUAUGCUCAUGCAAGCUUUUAUUAACACUUUAUUGUUAUACAUGAAAUAGGAAGAGAAAUAAGAGUAUAAAUAGUAUAUAGUUCUAAUUUGGACAUAGGUCAGUGCAUUAAAUAAAACAGAAUGUUAUGUGGAAGCACAAAGUGGCGUCUGAAGGCUUUUCCCUGGUGUACAGAGUGACAGGAUGCUUCUCACAGCUCACACACGAAGGCCCAUUCACACAGAGAGGCAUCGCAGAGGAGAAAUUCCUUUAAAUGUCUUUCAAGUAGGACUGCAACUAGUGCUCAUUUCAUUCAUCAGUCAUCUGUUUCAUUACUUUAUGUAAUAACUGAUCGUUUAGUCCAUAAAAUUUGAUUAAAUGGAGGGAAAAAAGGCAGAGUCUCCCAGAGCCCAAUGCGGCUUCUUCAAAGUGGCUGCUUGUCCCAUUAACAGAAAUGCACCAUAUAUCAAAUCCUCAAAUAUAUGAAGCUGGUAGCAGUGAAUGUUUAGCAUUAUUGCCUCACAAAUGACAAUUAGCAAAAGGUACAAAAACUACCUCAGGUUUAGGAAAAUAUUGCAAAUUAUGUACCUGACAUAACUUAAGUACAUUACAUACGUACAUUACUUUAAAGUAUUUCAAAGUUUUUACUUUUAGUUUCACACAGGACACAAACAGCAGUCCCCUUCUGGGUCAUAUGCAGACUUUCUCGCUUUAUACUACGUCACCUGACUUUGACACAUACCUAUAGUGUCAUAUUUUAAAGCAGAGGUCCACUAACCAAGCGGCAGUAUUUGAAGACUUGGGAGUGAGACGGUGUUGGCCUUACAGGGCAUUAAUUUCACAUCCGCCUUAAGGAACACAAAGUCUGCAAAAACAGGCCAUCACAGGUGGUUUUGCGUUUUCGCGUAUUUAUGAUACGACAUCUUAAAUAUAUUCCAUAUAUUACAACUUGUCUUAUUCUACAGGUAUCUAAAAGUCGUUCAACACAACUCAGACGCAUUAAAUAUUGAGUUUAUAAAUGACUGUUCUAUUGGGGAAAAAUCAGUCUGGGGUCUUAAUGCUUUCAUAUGACAGAAGUUACAAUCUGCUCCAAUGCAUUCAGCAGGUUCCUCUUUACACUGCAGCCACACCACCGUCAUGUUUACUGGCUGCAUUUCAGAGUUGAUACAUGUUAUAAAGUUAAAUGAUAACACUAUGUUUGAGGUUGUUUUUAACUUAACAGAAAUAUUAUAAGCAAGUGGAGAUGACAAUAUUUUUUACUAACUCACAAUUGUAAAAUGUCCAUGUGAAAGGGCUGUAUGAAUUGCUCAGGAUGACAAUUUAAAAAUAAAAGUUAUUUGUGGUUCAA